AUGAAAAUAGAGCGUCAAGAGACUUUUAUGAGAGAUGCCAUACCAGCAAGGGUAAAGUUAGAAGUAGUCAUGUGUUUUCUAAGCUCAGGAAUAUCAUACAGGCUGUUAGCAAUAUUUUUCAGGAUUUCAAAAUCUUCCAUAUCAAAAUUUAUUCCAGAAGUUUGUGACGUUAUGUAUGAAGCUUUGGACGAAUAUUUGCAGGUACGAGACAAAAGGGAAUGGGAAGACAUACAAGUAGGAUUUCACCACAGGUGGAAUUUUCCAGGAUGUUGUGGAGCCAUCGACGGCAAACAUGUGGCAAUUCAAGCUCCUCCCAAUAAUUGUGGUAGCUCAUAUGGGCGAAAUUCCGACGGUGGUGUCUUCCAGGCUUCCUCAUUGUAUCCAGUGUUGGAAAAUGGGUCAUUACUGCCAGAAGGUGGAUUCCUAGUGGGAGAUGAUGCUUUCCCUCUUAAGACCUCCUUAUUGAAACGAUAUCCCAAUGAGCCCACGAUUGCCGAAAAAAUUUACAAUUGCAGAUUCACUAGGGCAAGACGCAUAGUAGAAAAUGCAUUUGGUAUUUUAGUAUCUCGAUUCCGUAUUUUGGCAAAACCUAUCCAGUUGCAAGAGGAAACCGCAAUAAAAAUGAUUCGAACUACAUGUGAACUGCACAACUGGUUGCGCAAAUCUUCACUUCACACCUACACACCACCUGGUAGCAUAGAUUAUGAAGAUAUUGUAAAUUUCACUACGAACCUAGGAACGUGGAGAUCAGAAAUAAAUGCGUUACCAAAUAUCGCCCGUUCGCGGAUCAAUAACAGAUCAAAGAUCGCAGCUGAAAAAUUGAGAGAAAAAUACAAUUUUUUUUGUGAUGAGGGUGCUGUCACCUGGCAAAAUUAUAUGAUUAAUAAUAAAUAA